GAUAAAUCACACAGGGGAGAAACCAUUUAAAUGUAUGGAGUGUGGGAAGGUUUUCAGUCAAAGGGGAAACUUACUGUUCAUCAACGGACUCACACAGGGGAGAGACCAUUUCAAUGUAUGGAGUGUUUGAAAGGUUUCAUUGACAGUGGAACUCUUACAAGACAUCAACGAAUUCACACCGGGGAGAAACCAUAUAAAUGUGUAGAGGUGGGAAUGAGCUUCCGUCAUAGGGAAACGCUUAAUGGGCAUCAAAGAAAUCACACAGGGGAGAAACCUUUUCAAUGUUUGGAGUGUGGGAAGGUUUUCAGUCAAAGGAGAAAACUUACUGUACAUCAACGGAAUCACACAGGGGAGAAACCAUUUCAUUGUAUGGAGUGCGGAAUGAGCUUCAGUGAAAAUGGAAGCCUUACCCAACAUCAACGAACUCACACGGGGGAGAAACCAUUUAAAUGUAUGGAAUGUGGGAAGGGUUUCAGUCGGUGUUCACACCUUACUAUACAUCGAAGAACUCACACAGGGGAGAAACCAUAUAAAUGUUUGGAGUGUGGGAAGGGUUUCAGUGAAGGGGGGAGACUCAUUGUGCACCGACAAAGUCACACCGGGGAGAAACCAUUUAAAUGUAUGGAGUGUGGGAAUUGUUUCAUUGAGAGAGGAGCUCUUACAAAACAUCAACGAACUCACACAGGCGAGAAACCAUUUAAAUGUAUAGAGUGUGGGAAGGGUUUCAUUGAGAGAGGAGCUCUUACAAAACAUCAACGAACUCACACAGGUGAGAAACCAUUUAAAUGUUUGGAAUGUGGGAAGAGCUUCUGUCAGACUGGAGCUCUUGCAACACAUCUACGAACUCACAAAGGCGAGAAACCAUUUAAAUGUAUGGAGUGCGGAAAGAGUUUCAGUCAGAAUGGAAACCUUACUAUACAUCAACGAACUCACACAGGCGAGAAACCAUUUAAAUGCUUGGAAUGUGGGAAGAGCUUCAGUCAGAUUGGAGCUCUUACAACACAUCUACGAACUCACACAGGCGAGAAACCAUUUAAAUGUUUGGAAUGUGGGAAGAGCUUCAGUCAGAAUGGAGGUCUUGCAACACAUCUACGAACUCACACAGGCGAGAAACCAUUUAAAUGUUUGGAAUGUGGGAAGAGAUUCAGUUGGAAUAGAGUUCUUACAAGACAUCAACGAACUCACACGGGAGAAACCAUUUAAAUCUUUGGAGUGUGGGGAGGGUUUCAGUCAAGGGCAAAACUUACUGUUUGAGGCUGAAAAGGCGUUUCCCAUAAGCUCUGUAUGAAUAAAGUUUCUAUGUUAGUAUUAAGGGUGUUCUUUCAAAAUAGUUGGUUUUGAGUUUCCCAGGGUAUCAAACAACAGCAUUGAUGUAACAUUUAUAUGUAACUAAUUAACAUUUAUAUGUAAUGAAUGACACAAUAUUAAUACUAAUGUUCAGAUAUAUAGUUAAUUUCUUAAAGAAUAUAUGUGUUUUAGUGAAA